GAUAGGUCUGGACACAAUGUGCCAACAUGGACGCGCGCAAGCGUUGGCUGCUUAAUGUGGUUGCGCGUUGUUUAUUUUGAGCUUCAGUUUUCUGUAUUCUCUACUGCAGUGGGCUUGUAAAUGCCUAGAAAUUAAAGUAUCAUGGACGAUGCGCAACCUGAUCAUGUGUUCCUUGGAACACCAUUGGAGGAGUUAGACCAAGAUGAAAUUCCCAGGAAAAAAUUCCAGCCUGACCUCACAGUCAGGGACGCUCAAGGGAGGCGGCGUUUCCAUGGGGCCUUCACGGGUGGCUUUUCCGCAGGUUUCUACAACACCGUCGGCACGAAAGAAGGAUGGACGCCAGCCACAUUUAAAUCUUCCAAGUCCAACAAAUCCGAUAAUGUACCAUUGCAACCGGAAGAUUUUAUGGAUGAAGAGGACCUGGGCGAGUUUGGGAUUGCACCAAGGAAGAUACAAGUCAAGGAGGACUUUGUUGACUUUGCGGAGCAGAAGAAACGCGUCCGUGAGCCACCUAGAAUGAAUGUGGGCCCAAUCCCAGGAUCACCUCCCUUGAAAAACCUUUUCAAACCAGUCAGCCAGAGCAUCGGUGUAAAGCUCCUCAAUUGCAUGGGCUGGCGACAGGGCCAGGGAAUCGGACCACGUCUCACAAGGAAAGACAAGAAACAGAGAGAACAAAACAGUGCUAGGGUCUACGGCUGUGCGCUGCCACCUAGUGCAGAAUCGUCCGAUGAAGAAGAUGAACGUGCAGAGCUCCACUUGUUUGCACCCAGUGACAUAGAUAAUAUUAUUUAUGCACCCAAGAACAACCUCCACGGCAUUGGCUAUGUAGCUUUGGACAAGCAUUCGGUACUUGCGGCCCCAAUCGACCUGGAUCAGCCCACCACAACAAAGGGGCACUUGGAAAAAGGAAAACGCAAGCUAGCUAUUUCUGGACAGGCAUUUGGGGUUGGAGCAUUUGAAGAAGAAGAUGGUGACAUCUAUGCUCGUGAAGAUAUGUCGCAGUAUGACUUUACACUGGGAGAUGAAUUGGAAGACAAGCCCCGCAAAACAACUCUGUCUAUUCAUGAGGGAAGAGGAAAGAGCCUUCAUCACAUCACAAAGACACUGGAAGGCUUCCAUCUGGCCAAGGACCCACCCACAGUCAGGAAGCACUAUCCACCUCCACAGAUUCCUGCAGACUUUGAACCAUUUCAUCAUGGUCCUAAGAAGGAGCGCCGACGUUUCGAGGAGCCCAAAGCUAACCUCUACAAAGAAGACAGAAAAGAGCAUUCAGGUUCCAUAUUUGACUUGAUAUCACCAGCUGACAAAGCAAGGCUUGAAAACAUCAAGCAAGGAGGCAGUAGUGGGCAAGCUAAAGAAGCUGCCAAAGAUGAGAGUGCAACGCACACAGAGCUUUCCGAUUCCCCAGCAGGACCCACCAAACCUUUUGCUAGGGAUGAAGCCAAGCAGAAGCGAUUUGAGCAAUACCUAUCCCUUCUCAGCUCCAAAAGAAUUGAGCUCUUCCCUGCAAUGCAGCCUCUUCACAUGACUGAAUGGGAGAAAGAGAGGGAGUGCAAGGAGUUCCAGCGGGCAGCAAUGAUCUGUCAGCCCACUCAGAGUCUGGGUUCUCGGUUCGUCUCCACCAGGACACUAAAAGACGACGACAGUGUGGAUGUCACCGUCGACAAGGCAGAAGAAACAGAGGAUGCUGCCAAAGCAGCGCAUCUGGGGAUGUUUGGGAAACUAACACACGAGGAGUUCGAGUGGCACCCAGCCGAUCUUCUCUGCCGACGAUUUAACGUGCCUAAUCCUUAUCCCAAUUGUGAAAAAGUAGGCCUUGCCACGGUCAAAAUGGACAAAUACUCAGUUUUCAAUUUCCUGAAUGUGCCCCAUACAGAGGGUAGUGCUGAGGAAGCUUCGGAAUCUACUGUAGAAGUUGACAAGUCCUAUGGUGAUCAUCAGUCAGAAAAACCAUCCUUGUCUAGGGUACAACCAGCUGGUGAAAACAGAGAUGCUGCAAUGGAAGAGGAUGAUGGUGAGGAGGAUGGCACAGAGCCAACAGAGGAACGUCCUCCACUGUCUGUUUUCAAGUCAAUAUUCUCAGAAUCAUCAUCGGAAGGCGAAGAUGAGGAAAACACGACGGAAUCCAAUGCUCAAAAAGUGUCGGAAGAAACCAAAACGAGCAGACCAAAUAUGCAGAGCAGUGCAAUCAGUAUGGAGCAGGCAGUGAAAAGGCCCCUGCGUCCUGCAAUGGGGGUGUUUGCGAACUUGGACUUUGAGCGGCUUAACCAAAGGCCACCUGCUGUGCCGGUAGAAGAACUGCACCCCAAGUCUCUGCUGGAGGAACACAAGGCUGCCGGAGCAAAAAUGGGAGGCGAGCCCAGUCAGUGCGGCUCGGAUGUAAGCAACCUCUAUGGUCCUCGCUUGCCGCCUACUGGAGUGUCCUCCGCAGCUCAGACACAGUCAGAACCACCUAAGGGCCAUCAUUCUAAAAAGCAGAAGAAAAAGAGCCAUACCUCUAAGGCAGACAAGAAGCAUAAGAAACACAAGUCGAAGCAAAAAAAGCACAAGAAACAUAGCAAGAAGCAUUCAAAGAACAAGGCAUCUAAAUCUGACAGCAGCAGUGAUGACAGUAGUGAUUACACAGAUGAAGAGUGCCACACCCAACCGUCGUGCAAAGACAUUAUUUCGAGAUUGAACAAACUCAGAAAGCACCUCUGAUUCUGAAAGGAUGUCCCACCUGCUGAUGAAACUUCCAUUUGUAAAUAAUGAUGUCAAUACAGAUCACCUCUUAAUUGAGGACGUCUUUGCA